ACCCCAUUUCCCAAUGGCUGCCUAUAAAAGAGCACCUGUGAAUGGGAUUAGGGUUAGUGAGUAGAUGUUACGUCCUUUUGUAGCUACAGAAGAAGAAAUAUAUGUCAGCCUUGAAGGAUUAAAUCUGAGUUUUGUCUGAUGACUGAUUUUUACCUGUAAAGUAAAGAAACUCCUGAGAAGAACUUCUGGAGACUUCUCCUCCACUGGGAGCGUUUGCAUUUCAGCCGCAGCCUCCUGAUCUGAGCGUCUGCAGCCGGACGAGGGGGCGGUGGGGUGGCGUGACGUCAUAUCAGCCGCCGCGCUCUGAUUGGCUGCCUGGCUCUCACCCGACAGAGCCGUGAUUGUUUUCUGCAGAGGAAAAGCCUCCGAACGAGCGCCGUGCGCUGGAAUGAAGCAACCCUGUGUGUGUUUUGUUCCUGAAACGAUGAUGUGAGCAAACAACGUGAUCGCGGUCCUUGUCGUAGAGUGCGGGAAAACAAAAACAGGGCGAUAGUUUGAUCACUGGCCGAGGCGCCAACGAGCAGGACGGAAGUUUGGGUCACAGUCUGAAGAGAGAUCAAGUAAAAAAGUGCCAAAUGCCGAGACUGGAGGACCACUGCUGGAGCUGCUCUUGUUCUCCCAAGGCUGACGCUAAGCAUUCAUCUGGGGCUAGCUGGUUUGCAUCCAAGGCUGAGGAGAUGAUGUCCAUCAUAACCACGGUGCUCGGGAGCGCCUACGGGUCUCUGCACGACGUCCGGACCGCCAACCUGAUCCGACGGGGUCUGGUCCUCUUCACAGUCGGGGUCUUCCUGGCUCUGGUGCUCAAUUUACUGCAGAUACAAAGAAAUGUCACCCUGUUUCCCGAGGAGGUGAUGACAACGUUGUUUUCCUCAGCCUGGUGGAUCCCACCUUGCUGCGGGACAGGAGCAGCUGUUAUCGGCCUGCUGUACCCCUGCCUCGACAGUCAUCUGGGAGAGCCCCACAAGUUCAAGAGGGAGUGGGCCAGCGUCAUGAGAUGCAUCGCCGUCUUUGUAGGAAUCAACCACGCCAGUGUUAAGUUAGACUUUGCCAACAACGUGCAGCUCUCCCUAACCCUGGCCGCUCUCUCCUUGGGUCUGUGGUGGACGUUCGACCGCUCCCGGAGUGGCUUUGGUCUGGGCAUCACCACCGCCUUCCUCGCUACCGUCAUCACACAACUGCUGGUCUACAACGGCGUUUACCAGUACACGUCUCCAGACUUCCUGUAUGUGCGCUCGUGGCUGCCGUGUAUAUUCUUCUCAGGCGGUGUUACUGUGGGGAACAUAGGACGCCAACUUGCCAUGGGUGGUACUGAGAAGCCCCACAUGGACUGAACCCUAAUCUGCACUAAAGCAGAAAUGUGGACAGAUGAUUGACGGGCAGCCAAAGUGGAGAUGGAGGAGUUCUACGAGGAACAACAGGAGAAAAAGGACUCAUCAUGUUGACUCCCUCUUUUGUUGACAGAGUGCAGGUCAAAACGCCCCUCAUAAAACGUGCCAUGGUCCUCUGCAGCAACAAGCCUCUCCCUCCCAUUAGCAUCGCCGCUUCCUUCACACCAAACGGGAGUUUUGCCUUUCGUGUCUGACGUGGACGCUGGACUGGAGGUCCGAGCGGGGAAGUGAACGACUGACUUGAACAGCUGACGUAGGAUUAUAAAAGGGAAAAUGCUGUUUGAAGAGGCACGAGGAUGUCCUCGAACAGAAACAGUCGGUGCGCUCCAAACUCUCCUAAAGCAAACGUCGGGGUGAGAAUGGACGGUUCUGACUUGUGGGGUUUUUUGGGAAAUCGUUUGCUUUCUAGUUUCAAAAACUUCAGUAUUUGUGAGAAACUGAAAAACAAUCUUCCACUCUGAGCAGAUUAUUUGUCUUUUAAGCACAAAACAACAAAAACUGCUUAUUUAGCAGCACUAAUGAAGCCAAAUGUGCAGCUCAGGUUCAAACUGUUGCUGUUUUUGUUUCAGAUGACUUUAGUCAACAUCAUUUCAAUUUUUAAAAGUGGAAAAAGUUCUUUCAUUUAGACAAAAUAAAGACUCUAGUUUGGCUAUCUGUUAAUAUUUGCAUUUUUUUUUAUUUUAUUGGAUUUUUUUUCUUUAAGAUCUAUUGUUGAUUCUCACAAAUGACGCUGUUCUGUUCACAGAAAUGAGGCUGUUAUUGGUUAGAAAAGAAAAAUAAAGCCAAUGAUUUCCCAGAAUCCUCCUUUUUUGACGGAUGAUGAAUGAAUAGAAACAGGGGAAAAAAAUAAGAAGUGCCAGUGACGUCGCUACCAACCUGCCCUGUGUGUCGAGUGAAACAAAGAGCAUAACUGUUGGAUGUUUGGAGUAUUUAAGUUCCUCAAUGGAUGUAUUUAGUUUUUGUUUCAUGUCUUGUGUUUGGGUUAGUUUCAAGCACAAGAACUUUAAAGGAAAUCUCAAAAAAUGUCUUUUUUUGAAGAAAAAUCCAGCAAGUUUUCCUUUUUACGAUCAGAAAGUCUUCUUUUUCUUGCCUGAUCGCUCAAAUUGACCUUUUUUUCACAGCGUGUUCGAUCCUUUUUGAAAAAAAAACUGCAGAUUAUGAAAUGGGAGGACAGGACGUCAGAUAUUUAAGAUUUGCAAUCUGUGAUUGCCUGUGUAUUAUAUAGAAUGUAGUGCUUUUGUCACUAUUAUGGUUUAGGUUUGUCGUAUUUUCGAGACACUUCACUGCUUGGCUGUUUUGUCCUCAGACAGGUAUUCGUUCCACGUUAGACCAACAGUAUGUUAGCUUUGAGGGAUUUAGAAGAUAAAGUGCAAUCACACACUAUUUAUUUUUCUUCUGACAAAACGCUUAAAAUAAAUAAAUGUUUGUGUGCGUUUGAAUUCAGGAAACAGCAAUAACGUGUUAGUGUUUUUGUCAGAUUUUAUGCCUUUGAAAUCAAACCAAUGAGAGAUGAGAUGAAAAUAAAGUUUUGAGGAUCGAUCCUGAUGAAUUUCUUUAAAUAGUUUUUGUGGCAGAACACUUCAGGACACAUUCAGGGGUGCAAAACAGACAAGGAAGCUUUAUGUUCGUUUUUUUCUUUGCUGAUGAUACACCUUUUGUUUUGACAUUGUAGUUUAAGUGUUUGAUAUUUCUGCUGUGUAUCUUUUUUGCUACCAUGGAUUUAAGUGAAAAAUUAAAAAAAACUUCUAAACAAGGA